CCCCAUUUCUGUGAGUCAGUGAAUUCAAUACUCAAAAUACACACAAACCUUUUUUUUUCUUUUUCUUCUCUCUGAAUUCUCUUCACGCUGUUUCAUCACCUUCCUCUCAUUCAAUUUCGCCGGUUCUCCUUUUUCUCUCGUCGGAAAAUGGUUUACACGAUCCCCGGGAUUCGGUUCCCGGCAGUUCCAUGGCUCUGCAAGUGCUCCGACUCCACCUUCAAUGGCGACAGGAGGAUGCCGCUGUCUCUCUUCACCAGGAAGGACUCGUCUGCUAGGAAGAUCGUUGCAACCAAGUCUUCUUAUGAUUCUGAUUCCGUGUUAUCGACUGCAACUGCUGCAUCUGACAAGGUCCUGAUUCCUGGGAGCCAAAGCGAUGGCCCUUCGCCUUUGGCUGGCCAGUCCGGAAUUUCUGGCACAGUCUCAGAGGAUCCUCAGGUGCUUCAUGAUGUAGAUAGUCACACAAUAGAAGCUGACGAGAAGACGAAGGAAGAAACAGAUCAAGAUCUUCAGUCGUUGGUAGUAGAUAAUGCUGAUGGUGAUCAAGCACCAUUGGAGGAGAUAUCAAUUCCUUCACAAAGUAACAAGGCUGAAACCAUUGUGAGGUCCAUUCCUCCACCUGGCACUGGACAGAGAAUCUACGAAAUAGAUCCAUUUUUGUUAGGUCACAAAGAACAUAUUGAUUACCGAUAUGGACAGUACAUAAGGAUGAGGGAGGCUAUUGACCGGAAUGAAGGUGGUUUAGAGGCGUUCUCUCGUGGCUAUGAAAAGUUUGGUUUCACACGCAGUGCCACAGGUAUCACGUACAGGGAAUGGGCACCAGGAGCCAAGUCAGCUGCGUUGAUUGGAGACUUCAACAAUUGGAAUCCCAAUGCAGAUAUUAUGACCCGGAAUGAGUUUGGUGUCUGGGAAAUUUUUUUGCCUAAUAAUGCAGAUGGUUCACCAGCCAUUCCCCAUGGUUCUCGAGUGAAGAUUCGAAUGGAUACUCCUUCUGGCAUUAAAGACUCAAUUCCUGCUUGGAUCAAGUUUUCCAUACAGGCUCCUGGUGAAAUACCGUAUAAUGGCAUAUACUAUGAUCCACCAGAAGAGGAAAAGUACGUAUUUCAACAUCCUCAGCCAAAAAAGCCGAAAUCACUUAGAAUUUAUGAGAGCCAUGUUGGUAUGAGUAGUACGGAACCUAUUAUAAAUACAUAUGCAAAUUUUCGAGAUGAUGUUCUUCCUCGCAUUAAGAGGCUCGGAUACAACGCUGUCCAGAUCAUGGCUAUACAAGAGCAUUCCUACUAUGCUAGCUUUGGGUACCAUGUUACCAACUUUUUUGCUCCUAGCAGUCGCUGUGGAACCCCUGAAGAACUUAAGUCCUUGAUAGAUAGAGCUCAUGAGCUGGGCCUGCUUGUUCUCAUGGAUAUUGUUCAUAGCCAUGCAUCAAAGAAUGUGUUGGAUGGACUAAACAUGUUUGAUGGCACUGAUGGCCAUUACUUUCAUUCUGGAUCACGAGGCUAUCAUUGGAUGUGGGAUUCUCGUCUUUUUAAUUAUGGAAGCUGGGAAGUACUAAGGUAUCUGCUAUCAAAUGCAAGAUGGUGGCUGGAAGAAUACAAGUUUGAUGGGUUCAGAUUUGAUGGUGUGACCUCAAUGAUGUACACUCAUCAUGGCUUGCAGGUAGAGUUUACUGGAAACUACAAUGAGUACUUCGGAUAUGCUACAGAUGUAGAUGCUGUGGUGUAUCUGAUGCUGGUCAAUGAUAUGAUUCAUGGGCUUUAUCCUGAAGCUGUUUCAAUUGGUGAAGAUGUUAGUGGAAUGCCUGCCUUUUGCAUUCCUGUCCAAGAUGGUGGGAUUGGAUUUGAUUACCGUCUGCACAUGGCCAUUGCUGAUAAAUGGAUAGAGCUUCUCAAGAAAAGCGAUGAAGACUGGAAAAUGGGUGAUAUCGUUCACACGCUUGUUAACAGAAGGUGGUUAGAGAAGUGCGUUGCAUAUGCAGAAAGUCAUGACCAAGCUCUUGUUGGUGAUAAAACAGUUGCAUUCUGGUUAAUGGACAAGGACAUGUAUGAAUUCAUGGCUUUGGACAGACCAUCAACUCCUGCAAUUGAUCGUGGAAUAGCAUUGCAUAAAAUGAUAAGGCUUAUUACCAUGGGAUUGGGUGGAGAAGGAUAUUUGAAUUUCAUGGGGAAUGAAUUUGGACAUCCUGAGUGGAUUGAUUUUCCAAGGGGCGAUCAACAUCUUCCUGGUGGUGCAAUAAUUCCUGGAAACAGUAACAGCUAUGAUAAAUGUCGGCGUAGAUUUGAUUUGGGAGAUGCAGACUAUUUAAGAUAUCGUGGGAUGCAAGAAUUUGAUCAGGCCAUGCAGCAUCUUGAAGAAUCAUUUGGGUUCAUGACUUCUGAACAUCAAUAUGUUUCCCGGAAGAAUGAAGCAGAUAAAGUUAUUGUGUUCGAAAGGGGGGACCUGGUUUUUGUUUUCAAUUUCCAUUGGAGUAACAGCUAUUACGACUACCGAGUGGGCUGCCUAAAGCCAGGAAAAUACAAGAUUAUCUUGGACUCGGAUGAUCUGCUAUUUGGAGGGUUCAGUCGCCUAGAUCAUUCGGCCGAAUACUUCUCAAUCGAAGGAAACUAUGAUGACCGGCCUCGUUCUUUCCUAAUAUAUGCUCCCUCUAGGACAGCCGUGGUCUAUGCUCUUGCAUCAGAUGAUUCCAAGCUUGUAGAGGGCGAAACCAAAACCGAGACCGAGACCAAUGCCAAGACCUCAACCUCAUUGGAUUAGAGUUUCUGACGGUGAAGAUGGUUCCACUCAUGUACCUGAAGUAAACUAUGAAGUGAAGAUGGCUGGAUUCGAAUGACACGUAAUGGCUCCCCCGGAAUCUUUCUAGGUAAAAUUGGAUACAGCAGCUAACAGAGGUAUAGUAUAACGUUUUCAUUCUAUGCAAUGGAUUUCAUUUGGCCUUUGCGUGGUAAAAAGCAAGAAAACCAGAGAGGAUCAAUAGAUGUUUUGCCUCUUUCCUAUUAAUAAUUUCAUGGCAAUUAUAUUUGGUGGUUUCAGAUUCCGGAGCUGGAAACUUUUCUUUGUAUAGUAGAGCGUGUAAAUAAAACUGUUUCCAAGUCAUGGUUAAAUUAUAAUGAGAUGGGCGUAGAGAGUCGGCCAUGGCGAUGGCGCCAUGAAAGAAUGCCUGUGGCUGUGGAUGUGAAUUCUAAGACACAGUAAGCGCCACUUCUUUCACCUUCUCUUGAAGUCAUAAAAUUAAAAAUGCUGUUUCCUUAGAGUUAAGUAAAGAGAUUUAUUAGUUGUGAAAUUUUUGUUUGAGUGGUACAAAUACAAUGCCAUUUAACCCCACGUGACUGUUCUGCAAGGGCAUUUUAAUUAUUGCUCUGACACUUCGUAUUUCAGUAAAGAUAUACUUCCAUGUGGGUGUGUGAUGCCUGCUGGAAAAAUGGCUAGAGGAGACUGAGAGGGAGGUUGGAUAUAUAUAUAUUUUUUCCUUUUUAUUA